CAAACACACACACACACACACAUCUGCAACUAAGUCAAAAACGAAAACGACUAAGCUCUUUACGUAAAACCAAUACCCCCAACAUUCUCCCGAGAGGAGAUCAGUUCUCGCCCAGACGCAGAACGAGCUGGUCGGAGCCUUUCCUCGCGAGGAAGCGAGAGCGAUCUACUGAAAUCAAGGCGACGCAUCUGGCGGUGAAAAUAGCAACUGCUCUGCUGCUGCCGCCAGCCACGAUGCUGCUCGAAAAGGAAAUCGUCGGUUUGGUGUCCGCGGGAAGCCUCCUGGGCAUGGGCGCCUACGGCACGGCCUUCAGGAUACGCUACGAGGGCAGAGACGCCGUGGUCAAGAUGGCCGGGUCAAGGAAGUACGCCCCGCUGUUCCGGGAGGAGGUGCAGAUCUUGGUGGAUCUGAAGGGCCUCGGAGGGGCGCCCCGACUCCUGACCAAAUGCUGUGACUAUCCGGGAUUCGUGAUGGAAUUCUGCGCCGGGAAAACCCUCACGGCCAUGAUCAAGGACGCGGCCCCCGUCGGCACCCUCCUGCGGGGGAUCCACGACCUGGCGCUGAAGGUCCAGGAGAUCCACCAGGCGGGCUACGCCCACAACGACCUCAAGCCGGACAACGUGAUCCUGGAGACGAGACGCGACGGCGCCGUCCGGGCGCGAGUGAUUGACCUCGGCCUCUGCACGCGCCUCGGCGUGAGCCCCGGCUUCUAGGGGGAGCCCAAGGCCCACCGCCACGUGGCGCCCGAGCUCCUCCAGAUGGGCAUAGCCACCGUCGAGUCGGAUACCUUCUCCCUCGGCGUUAUCCUGUGCGUGGUCCUGAGGACGUACGUCAGCUCCUUCCCCGACGACUUCGAGCUGCUGCACCUGGCGCGGGCCAUGGUCUGCCCCGACCCGCACUGGCGGCCGCGCUUUCGCUUGUGCCUCGACGUCCUGGCCGACGCCGCGCGGCAGGAGUGACGCCUCGGCCGCGGCGGAAAGGCCACUCUGGCACGGAUUUUUAUCUUUUAUUUUCGCUUAUUUUUCGCCCUCGUCCCGAGGCUUUUGAG